AUGAGAAAUGAGAGGGAGGCGAUGCCAAGAGAAGCUGUGGUUGUGGCGUUGGACUCCAAACGGAGAAAGGGAAGCGUGGAGAUAGUGGAAUGGGCCUUCAAGUACUUGGUUCGUCCAGGAGACAUCCUCCUUGUCUUGGGUGUUUUGGAUGAUGAUCAACUCGGACACCCCAAGAAGCAGUCCUGCUUUCCUUUCAACUUUCUCUUCGCCACCGGCGCAUGCGAGAGAUCAGAAAUGGUUGACGAUGACGACCUGGAUUCUGUUGUGAUUAAAGAGAAAUACGAGAAAAUGAGAGGCGAGUACGAGAUUGGCCUCCAAACUAUAAACCGCCUGUGCCAAAGCAAUGAGGUGCAGUUGCAAGUUAAAUUUGCUGUGGGAUACUGUCCGGCGAGAUUAGCAAUUGAGCAAGCACGCGACCUUAACACUCGGUGGAUCUUAAUGGACAGUCACUUUAGGGAGUCCAGACUUUAUCUACGGGGACAUGUAAGCUGCAACAUUGCAGUAAUGAAGAACAAAUAUUUUGCUACCUUGAUGCUAUCAAAUGCAACCCCAACUCACAGUAAUUUGUCUGAGAAUAUUCCUGAAGAAAGUUACAAUGCACAACAUCCUGUGGAAGUGCCUAGUAAAAGCUUAAGUCCUGAUGAAUUACGAAUGUCACCUGCACCGGCACCUUAUCGUCAGAAUCCUUGUUGCUACCCAGUUUCUUGGAGAACUGGCUUCCCUCGAGUAUUUUCGCACAGUGAAGUUGAAGUUAUAACAAAUGGCUUUGCCGAUGACUAUGUUACAAAAGAACUGACAGGCGUGAAAGUUUACCAAGGAAUAUUGCAAGACACAACUGUUAUAGUCAAGUGUUACAAAGAAGUGAAUAAAGGCUUCUGGUCAUUGCUAAAGAUCCUCUCUCGAGUAUAUCACCGCAAUAUCUUGAACCUCGUAGGGUACUGCUACACUGGUGCUACUGCAUACAUGGUCUUCGACUUUCCAUGUUUGGGUAACCUUGAGGUCAACUUUCAAAUUGAGGAAUUGGCUAAUAAGCUGGGGUGGAGAACAAGGUGGUGUAUCGCUCAAGAGAUAGGCAGAAGCUUGCGCUAUCUUCAUGAGGAAUGUGCUGAUGGACCUAUCAUUUACAAAUCUGUUUGUUCCUGUAAUGUUACACUUUCUCAUGAUAACUCUGCAAUGCUUGCCAACCUGAGAGAUGCUGAAUGGCUUGAUGGAGUUGUUCCCUGUGAUGAAGAUUUGGUUGCCAAAUGCUCAGAUUCCGAAGAAGACGAGCGCCUGUUUGUAGAUGUACGUGGUUAUGGGAAAUUCCUCCUGGAGCUUAUUACAGGGAAAAAUGCAUGUAGCUUUCCAAUCCAAGGGAAUGAUCAAUCCUUGAUUGACUGGGCAUUUCCACAACUAGAAAAUGGUGUACUUAAGGAACUAAUGGACUGCCGAGUGAUAGAAACUGCCGGUGAUGCUAGAAUGGUACGUCAGAUGGCCCAUGCUGCAUUGCGCUGCCUAAAUGUCGACGCAGAUCACAAACUUUCGAUGAGCGAGGCCUUGGCAAUUGUUCGCGGUGACGAACUCGUGGUAUCCAUUGAAGCUCUGAAGAUAUAUGAAUGAAUCCAGGAAAUCACUGGCUUUUGGGUAGUAGUUUACAAAUGUAUCUAUGUAUAAAUACAAUUAUAAAACCAAAU